UCAAAGCGGAAGUGAAUCGUGUUCCUCUUCCGGUCCUCGGAAUCAACAUGGCGAACUUGGAGCACGCCGAAGACGACCCACAACACGUGAAAAUGUCAGGCCAAAUUCCAGGCGCUUGUGCUCAAAAGACGGCGGUAGAACUGUCCACAGUAGUGGGGGGAUUUGUACCAGAGGUGUCCUGCUCUGUUCCGUCUUUCGCCGCCGCUUCUGAACUUUUGUCGGCGCCAUACUCGUGUCUGGUCAUGAGCACCCACCGGAGACACGUCGCCCUGCCGCCCAGGUACCUGAACAAGAAGCGGUCUGGUCUGCAGGGGGAGCUGGAGGCCGAGCUGCUCAAGUACUCGCCACGCCUCGAAGGCGUACCCGUAGCUUAUGAUCACUUACGGAUUGUGGGCCAGCAAGGAAGCAUUCAUGAUGACAGCGGCUACAUCCACAUGGACAUACAGGCCGACUUCAUUAUAUUCCAACCUACCAAGGGACAAAGACUGCUGGGAAAGGUAAACAAACUGGGUGUGAGUCACGUGGGCUGCCUGGUGCACGGCUGCUUUAACGCCAGCAUCCCCCGGCCAAACCUGGUUCCCGUGGAAACCUGGCGGGAUGGGGGGCCCAGGAUUGGCGCUGAGCUGAAGUUCGAGGUGACUGCGCUUGAUGCCGACACUGCGGGAGUGCUGCUAAUAAGAGGGAAACUGGAGAGAGCGACGGUUCAAGAACUCUUGGCUAUGGCUGAGAACUCAGAAUUGGGCGUCUCUGUUAACCAACUUGAGCGACAAGAACCAGAACCUACUGAAGAAUCUACCGUGGAAGAUUCUCCCAAGAAGAAGAAGAAGAAAAAGAAAAUAAAGGAAGAAGUCAUAGAAGAAGAACUAGUGCAGCUCGACAACUAUGCCACUCCAGAGCCCAACAGAACCGAGGAUGAUGCUAACAGCAGCGAACCCGGUGAGAGGAAGAAGAAGAAGAAAAAGAAGAAAGAUAAAAUCAAAGAAGAAGCAACAGAAGAGGAAAUAAUGCAGUAUGACAGUAAUGUCACAUUAGAGCCCAACAGAACAGAGAUUGAUGUUAACUGCAGCGAACCUGGUAAGAAGAAGAAGAAGAAAAAGGAGAAAAUAAUAAAAGAAGAGGAGGAGCCGGUUCAGAUUUCUCCCCCUGAGAUCCACGCCAGCGACUCCAGCGGUUACCUUAGUGACAAGCCCAGCAAAAAGAGGAAACACAAAACGGAGAGCCAAGACGUCCUGCCGGGUUUGAGUCAAAGUUCACCAAAAUCCAAGAAGAGGAAAAGGGACAUUGUGUGAAGAAACACUCUCAGGAAACUUGUGUAGUGCCUUCAUGACGAACAGCCCGGAGCAUCCCAGGAAUGCUAUUCCCUCUUCUGACCUGAUGGGGGCGCAAGACUGCAAGUAAAGACAUUUUUUCAUGUGAGUAAAAUACAGUAACGCCCAUCUGACUUGAGCAAAACAAAACAAAAUCACGUCAUCACCGCCGGUCCAAAGAAGAGUUUUGAACAGUUUUCUAAGGACUAAUGUGAAAUGUCCGACAAAGUGACUGUAGGAAUAGCUCCCAAAGAAUAUGCAAAAUAAAUAUAUACUGAUAUUAAAAAAACAAGUU